UCCAUUUGUUUGUCUGUUUAUCUAUUCUGCACUCCUUCAUGUGUACAGUACGGAGGGACAUCGCUGGAGAAUGUUUGCGUUACUGACAGCCGGAGUAAGAUCUGUCACCUGAAAGCCCUCCAGCCCGACUUGUGCGGAAAAACCCAUCUCAAUGGCAGGAUACCUGAUGGACUGAUUCGGAUUUGGUGUUCGGGGAAAAAAUGUGGAUUAAACGCUGUAUCGCGCGCAGUCCGCUGUCUGCUCUGAGGCUGGGUAACUCUGUGGGUCAGCGGAUGUGGAUCUUCCUUGCCAUGACCCACCUCACCCUGGACUUUUCUGUCUGUAGUCCCCUAAGUCAGGGUCUAGGAAUCAAGCUCACGCCUAAAUCUGUGCAUCGCUCCCGGCCCCGCUGGCAGCCCCUCUGGGACACUCCCAAUGUGCUUCACUGGAGGACUGUGAGCCCGUUGGCCCGCCGGCUCCUCAAUCCUGUCCCUCCACCCCAAGAUAACAGGGCAGGCAUAGGGCCAAAUGUCAGGGGUCUCAAGCAUAGGAAACCAGCACAUAAAGGACAACCAGUGUGUAAGGUGUGCCGGUUGAGGUAUUCUCAGACUGAGACGGGUGAUCCUUCAGCACCAGUAGCCGAGGCUCCUGUUGGCCUAGCGGGUGGAAACAAAGACAACACAUUGAGGUUGUUACUGCGGGCGAGGAGACAGCUCAAGUGGGACAGCUAUGACAAGUCUCAGGAGGGGAGGACUACCACCGUGGCCGGAUUUAUCGACUGGGGACCUACAGGAACAGAGGACAGCAUAGAUGAGGAAGGCAAACCCAUGCCCAAUGUUACGCUGUCCACCAAGGCCUUGACCACCACAGUGGCCACAACCACUACCACUACCACCAAGGUCCCUCAAAGGACGUUCACUGUGGUUACGACACCGCAGCCCAAGAGGCUAAGCACCACCAGGGCCACUAUCAGCUCUGGGGAGACUGCCAAACCACCAAAGUCACAUGCGGAGACACCAGGUUUGGCAGUUCACCAGAUAAUCACAAUCACUGUGUCUCUCAUUAUGGUCAUUGCAGCCUUGAUCACAACACUUGUCCUUAAAAACUGCUGUGCACAGCCGGGAAAUGGCCGUCACAAUAGCCACCAGCGCAAGAUCCACCAGCAGGAGGAGAGCUGCCAGAACCUGACAGACUUCACACCAGCUCGGGUGCCCAGCAAGGUGGACAUCUUCACUGCCUACAACGACAGCCUGCAGUGCUCACACGAGUGCGUGCGGACUGCUGUACCUAUUUACACAGACGAGAUGAUCCAGCAGACACCUGUCUACAAGACCGCUUACAAUGGAAAUAGACCUUCCCCCACUGAAAGGCAACUGAUUCCUGUGGCCUUCGUGUCUGAGAAGUGGUUUGAGAUCUCCUGCUGA